GCCGGGACGGGGGGGGGGGGGAAGGGGUCCGUCCGUCCGGACCUCGGACCCCCUGCCAUGGGCUGCCGCUCCUUCCCCGCCGCCCCGGAGGAUAAUGGGGAGCUAACAGCUCGCCGGACGGACCCCUAGCCCGGCCCCUGCGCGAAACGGUAUGCCACCACGCAGACUGCCAGCAGCUCCAUCACCGUGGGCCCCUCAACCUGUGUGAAGCAUGUGACAGCAAAUUCCACAGUGCCAUGCACUUCGACGGACACAUCCGCUUCGACCUGCCUCCCCAAGGCUCGGUCCUGGCGCGGAACGUCUCCACGCGGUCAUGUCCUCCCCGCACCAGCCCCGCCUCGGACCUGGAGGAGGACGAGGAAGGGUUAAUGGAUGGCAAAGGGGACAGGAAGAGUUCUGGCCUGAAACUGUCCAAGAAGAAGGCCCGGCGGAGGCACACAGACGAUCCAAGCAAGGAGUGUUUCACCCUGAAAUUCGACCUUAAUGUGGACAUGGAGACAGAGAUUGUUCCUGCCAUGAAGAAGAAGUCUUUGGGGGAGGUGCUACUGCCAGUGUUUGAGAGGAAGGGUGUGGAGCUGAGCAAAGUGGACAUCUACCUGGACCAGUCCAACACACCUCUGUCCCUCAACUUCGAGGCUUACAGGUUUGGGGGCCACUACCUGAGGGUCAAAGCUAAGCCCGGCGAUGAGCUGAAGGUGGAGCAGGCAGUGAAGGACUUCAAGUCACAGAGCUUACCCAUCCUGCGUCCGACAGGGGCCCUGCCCUCCUUGCCUUUCCACCCAGCCCUGGAGAGACCCGACCAGUCGGCCUGCCGUCGGGAGAGCCUGGACAUCCUGGCCCCCGGUCGGAGGAGGAAGAACAUGACGGAGUUCCUGGGGGAGCCCAGCAUUCCAGGGCAGGAGUCACCGCUGCCGUCCAGCUGUUCCCUGCCCAGCAACGGCAUCGACACUUGGAAGAACCGUGCGGCCAGUCGCUUCAGCGGCCUUUUCGGCUCAGGCCCCAGUGCCGGGUCCUUCGUCAGGGAGCUCGACAAGAUGGAGCAGCUGGAGAGCAAACUGCAUUCGUACAGCCUCUUUGGCCUCCCUAAACUGCCCCAGCGGCUCUGCUUCGACCAGGACUCGUGGGAGGAGGAGGACGAGGAGGACACCGAUCUGUGCCUGGAGGACAGCUGGCAGGAGCUCAUCGAUGGGUCCGAGAUGCUGACCCGCCGGCAGUGCCACCAGCAGGAGGCCGUGUGGGAGCUGCUGCACACGGAGGCCACAUAUAUUAAGAAGCUGCGCGUGAUCACGGAUCUCUUCCUGUGCUGCCUCCUGAACCUGCAGGAAUCUGGUCUUCUAUGUGAGGUGGAGGCAGAGCGUCUGUUCAGCAACAUCCAGGAGAUAAUCCAGCUGCAUCGGAGCCUGUGGAGCAGUGUGAUGGCGCCAGUGCUGGAGAAGGCCAGGCGCACACGGGCCCUGCUGCAGCCCGGAGACUUCCUCAAGGGCUUCAAGAUGUUUGGCUCCCUGUUCAAGCCGUACAUCCGCUACUGCAUGGAAGAGGAGCACUGCAUGGAAUAUAUGCGGAACCUGCUGCGGGACAACGACCUAUUCAGGGUCUACGUCACGUGGGCAGAGAAGCACAAGCAAUGCCAGCGGUUGAAGCUGAGUGACAUGCUAGUCAAGCCCCACCAGCGCCUCACCAAGUACCCACUGCUGCUCAAGUCGGUGCUGAAGAAGACAGAUGAGCCACGCACCAAGGAUGCCAUCAUCACCAUGAUUGGCUCCGUGGAGCGGUUCAUUAAUCACGUGAAUUCGCGGAUGCGGCAGCGGCAGGAGCAGCUGCGCCUGGCAGCCAUCGUCAGCCGCAUCGACUCGUAUGAAGUGGUGGAGAGCAGCACGGACGAGGUGGACAAGCUCCUGAAGGAGUUUCUGCGCCUGGACCUGACAGCCCCCAUCCCCGGGGCAUCUCCUGAUGACACGCGGCAGCUGCUUCUGGAAGGCAGUAUGAGGAUGAAGGAAGGCAAGGAUAGCAAGAUGGACGUGUACUGCUUCCUCUUCACCGACCUUCUCCUGGUCACCAAGCCAGUGAAGAAGGCCGAACGGACCAAGGUCAUCCGGCAGCCGCUGCUUGUGGACAAGAUCGUUUGCCGGGAGCUCCGGGACCCUGGUUCCUUCCUUCUCAUCUAUCUGAAUGAAUUUCACAGCGCUGUGGCUGCUUACACCUUCCAGGCCAGCGGGCAGGCUCUGUGCCGGAGCUGGGUAGAAGCCAUUUACAAUGCCCAGAACCUGCUGAAGAGGUUGAGAUUACAGGAGCACCAGAGGAGCCAGCAGCAACUGCAGAGCCUGGAGGAGGAGGAGGAGGAGGAAGAAGAGGAGGAUGAAGAAGAUGAUACCAGCACUUCCGCCGCCAGCUCCCCUACCAUCCUGCGCAAAAGCAGUAAUAGUCCAGACUCUCAGACCUGCCCGUCUGAUGGCUCCACGGAGACCCUGGCGGUGGUGGUGGUGGAGCCUGGGGAGACGCCGUCUUCCCCCGAGUUUGGAGGGGGGCCAUUCAGCUCUCAGUCGGACGAGACUUCGCUCAGCACCACAGCUUCCUCCACGCCCCCCGCCCGCGAGCUGCAGGGACCCGAGCCCACUGGCCGGGGCCUGCUGCCCCUGGUCCCCGGCGGAAGCUGCCGCUCCUGCUCCAUCGACUCGGCCUAUGGCACCCUUUCGCCCACCUCCCUGCAGGACUUCGUGGCUGCCGCCGUGGAGCCUUCCCCAGGGCCACGGGAGCCAGCCGAGCCCCCCGCCUCUUCCGCAUCUCCCCGGCCGCCCUCUCCUCGUCUUCGCCGCCGGACUCCCGUGCAGUUCCUGCCCUGCCGGCCGGCCCUGUUCAAGUCCAAAUCUGAGGCCAACCUGCUCCAGCUGUUCUCCACCCCCGGGCCCCCCAGGCCACUGCUCCCCCCGAGCAGGAGCCUGUCAGAGCUAUGUCUGGUGGUCCCGCCCACGUGGGGCCUCCCCAGGACUCCGGGGGCUACGGGAUCCCAGUCCCCAUCCCAGGAAGUCCGGCCACACUUGGACUGCAGCAUCCCCCAAGGCCCUGUGGGGGUUUCCGGCGGUCAUGGCCAUAGCGCUGGUGGCAGUGGAGGCGGCGGUGGUGGCAGCUCAGAGCUGGCAGAGGCCAAGGGCAGGGUUUCUCCUGCUGCCCCCAGGUACCCGAGGGGACAGGAAGGGUCCGAGCAGGGUGACCAGGCCCUUCCCCGCUGUGAGUCCAGGGAGCUGGCCUCAGGGGGCCCCCCCAGGACCCCACCAGAGUUCCCCCCAACCUCAACCCAGCACAGGAAGCUGACUUUGGCCCAGCUCUACCGUAUCAGGACUACCCUGCUCCUCAACUCCACGCUGACAGCGUCGGAGGUCUGAACUGCAGGAGGAUCCCAAGGGGCCGCAGCGGGCCAGGGAGCCAGGCAGACGUCCGACUGCCCCUCAGAGACGCCGUCUCGGGUCCCAGUUGCAGGCUGAGACUUCUGCUCCGGAAGCCCCCAUCUCCCCCAUCCAAGAGGAGGUCGGGGGAGAGAAGCGGGGCCGAAUGCUGGGGCCCCCACCGAGAGGACCCCAAUUUGCACUUUGUCAGAACUGGCUGGGAUGGGAGACGGGAAAGACCUCAAGCCCCCAGGGACCAGGAACCGCCCCCCUCUCUCCCCAACCCCUCCAGCCUUCCCCAGUCUCUGCCCCUGCCCCACACUAAUUCGCCAAUGGCUUCCCUGCCCAGGGCCACCUUCCUUCCUACUGUCCUCUAGCACCACUAAGGGCUCCAGCCCAGCUCUCCACCCAGGACAACCUAACUGGCUCCGUUCCCACUGCUCGCUGGCCCCGCCCAACUCCACUCACCUUCUUCCCCUUUCCCCUUCACCAGCCCCUCUUCUGCCAAUGGAGACCUCCAGUGAGAGUCCCUGGCCUGCUUAGAGUCAGUCCCCUGGGGAGCUCCCUUCCGCCCCCCACCUCCAACCACUGGGUCCUACCUGGGGCUGGGUCCAGGGUCCGCCACAGUCCCCGUCUUUGUAUAAAGGUGCAUAUUUAUUGAGCUUUUGGUUUCUUUUAUAAAGACUUGUGUAUAUUC